ACCCUAAAGGCUAAGAAAAAGGCACAUGCAUCAGGAGGACCAUGGAGAGCACCCAGGAAGCCGAGUGGCUCUGCUCCUGGACAGCAGGCGGCAGAGAGACUGUACAUGACUCACGGCCAAGCAGCCCAGGACCCCGAAGUAUACAGGGUCAGUGAGUGUGUUUGCCUCAGACUUGCCAAAGAGUUUGAGCAGUCACGCAACAGGCCAAAGGACACAAAGGGGAAAACCAUGCCCAUCCCUCAGUCCAUUGUCAGCGUCUACAGCCACAUCAGACAGCUGCUGGAGGACAGCAGGGUUAUCCUGGACCAGACAAACCUGGUUCUGGUGCCGGUUAACAACACUACAGUCUCUUCAUGGCUGCUUAGGAGGGACAAGAGGAAGGACAGGGACAUGCUCCUGCAAGGCACUGUACUCCCCAAACAGCUGCACCUGGCCGAGGAGCCUCUCCCUGCAAUGAACACACUUCCACCUGCCCCUGUGCAACAUGCACAUGAAGUUAUGGUGUUUGAAGAGCCUGAAAACCACGAGGGGGAAGCUUUCCCCCGCCAGCGCACUCUAGCGGCAAACAAGACUGCGUGCUCUCCACCGUCUCCACCUCCCCAGUUCCCUCCACAAUUUGAGCCAGCUUCUCCGGUCCAGCAGGCCCCUCCGUUCCAGCAGGCCCCUCCGUUCCAGCAGGCUCCUCCGUUCCCGUAUGCGCCUCCCUUUCCGCAGGCCCCUCCGUUCCAGCAGGCCCCUCCGUUUCCAUAUGCGCCUCCGUUUCCGUAUGCGCCUCCCUUUCCGCAUGCCCCUCCGUUCCAGCAGGCCCCUCCGUUCCAGCAGGCCCCUCCGUUUACGUAUGCUCCUCCAUUUCCGCAUGCUCCACCAUAUCCGCAUGCACCUCCAUUGCAGCAAGGUCCUCCAGAGUGCCUCCCAUCCCAGCCAAGGCAACGUGCCUGGAGGCUGAAUAAAGCUGCCAAGGAGGAUGAGGAGCUAUUGUCAAGGGGAGAACCACCACGGAAGAGGCUGACUAAGGAAAAAUACCACUAUACCUGCAAGGGGUGUGGCCAGGAAAAAAAUAAAAGUACUGGACAUACCCAGUUGAAGGGGAAAUGGUACUGUCCUUCAUCGGGACAGACAAUCACAGAGUGGAAGAGCUCAUUGUAAAUAUGUAUAAUUGUUGUGUGUAUAUAGUCGUUUAAAUAUUUGUUGUAUAUAGUUUAAAUAUUUGUAUAGUUGUUUAUCAGUGUAUAUAGUUGUUCAUUGUUCAAGUAAGUAUUAUGUAUAUAGUUUAUAGUUUAUAUAAUUGUUGUGUAUAUAGUUGUUUAUAUAAUUAUUGUAUAUAGUUGUUUAAAUAAUUGUUGCUGGAGGUGUAAAAAAGGGAAAAAACUCUAUUGGAGGUGCUGGUCUUUGUAAAAAAAAAAAGAAAGAAAACCUUUAUUGAAGGUGUUGGUGUUAUGAAGAAAAAAAACCUUUAUUGGAGGCAUUCGUUCUUAAAAAAAAAAAAAAAAAAACACCUUUUGGUGUGUUCUGUUAUCA